AAGGACCAUUUUUAAUCUGAAUUGAACCACCCCUUUUACUUUCUUAGCCAAAUCAUCAACAUGUCCUGUUAGAACAAGAAUUUAGCAUUCUGCGAAAGAAGGUAACAGUGUUAAGGACGAAAAAUUUUGAAAUGGAUCCCAAACAUAUCAUCUUAAUUUUAUUUUUUGGAUAUUUGAAUAAUGUGUUCUUCUCAAACACAGAAACAAAUACAACAGAGAAGACACAGUCUACUUUAUUUACAUCACCAAUAUCAUAUGUCUCAGAUAAUGCUCCAAGUGCAACAAGGAAUACUUUGGAUCAAUCAACACAUUUUAGUAACAUUUCUUCUGGACAACUAAUAUCAAUGGCUAAACAAUCAACAUCAACUAUUUCUGUCUCUUCUGGAAAACCAGUAGCUUACUCUUCUGCUAGACCACCUACCUAUAACAUCACCAGACAACCAAUACCAACAGUCAACACCUCCUUCCCAUCGACAGCACUGCCUGUAUUCACCUCUACUAGAAAGCUGCCAUCUUCUGCCCACACUUCCACCAGACCAUCACCGACACCAUCUGUCUACCCUCCCACUGAACAGCCAUCAUCACCUGUUCACACUUCUUCUGGAAACCCAGUACUAACAACUGUUGGUGAGCUAUCCACAUGGUCAAUAUCAACAGUCAAAAACUUACCUAGGAAUACACCAGAUUUCAUUUUAGAUACUACCAGUGACAAGGAAGUUAUUAAAAAAACAGAUUAUAGUUCAACAGCUGGCAUAUUAGUUGGUACAAUUCUGACUUUUAUGUUGGUAUCUAUAAUCAUGAUUGUACUAUGGAAAUGCUUGAGAAAGCCUGUUUUACAUGAUCAAAAUUGGGCUGGUAGGUCGCCAUUUGCUGAUGGAGAAACCCCUGAUUUGUGUAUGGAUAACAUUAGAGAAAAUGAACUUUCCACAAAACGUCAAUCAGUUGUUUCGUUUAUGACUUGGAAACCCAAAAGCCCACUUUUAGCAGACGACUUAGAAGUUAAAUUGUUUGAAUCAAGUGAAGACACUGAAGAUGCCAACAACCCCAAAACAGAAGAAAAAAAAGAUCAAAUAAAUGGUAUAUCAGAGGACAGUGCUGAUGGGUCAACAAUUGGUACUGCGGUUUCCUCUUCGGAUGAUAUAAAUCUGCCUCUGCCACCUCCCCUUCUUGAUUUGGAAGAACAGGACAGUAACCAAUCUGACAAACCCAUGAUGAUAGCUCUAUCUCCUCUUCCAAAUGAUUCUACCAAUGUCCAACCAUCUCUAGAAGGCCUAAAUCAAGACUGUGAAGAUCCUAAUUCUGGUAUUGAACAGUCAUUUCCACUACCCCCUGAGUCAUUUAACUUGCCUUUGCCACAAGAAGAUUUUAUAAAAAAUCAAGAUGAUUCCAAUGAGAUUCAGUGUCAAGAUCUCUCAGUUCCUCCUGACUCUGAUCAAGAUCUUGACAAAUCCCUGCCAAUACCACCUGCAGAACUGCUAUAAAUAUUACGACUUGCUUUAUAGCCAAAUUUCCAUCUUUUGUUCUUCAUGGGACAGAGUACAUAAAAUGAUAAAUGGCAGCCAACUUUGAUUUUUAUUCAGGAACUAUCUGAAAUUUGCUUAAAGCCCAUGUGUGUAAGUGGAAUUAGUAAUAAUAAAAAAGUUACUAAAAAAAA